UUCAUCACAAAUUCAUCAAUUCAAGCUUAUAUACAUUUUGCAAUCAAACAACUGAUCAAUCGAAAGAUGGAAGGCAAAACUUUGAUUCUAAGUGUUCUCCUAAUGAGCCUUCUCAUGGCACAAAUCCAAGUUGACGCCAAGAGCUGUUGUCCGACCACCACUGCUAGAAAUGUCUAUAAUACUUGCCGUUUAGCCGGAUUAUCCAGAGCAGUAUGUGCAAACCGCAGUGGCUGCAGACUCGUUAAUGGGUCAUGUCCCAACGGAUAUCCUAAAGAGAAUCUUGAAAACACAGGUGAUGCUGUCACUGAAUACUGCAAGGUUGGGUGUGUAUCUUCUGUGUGCGGUGCUUUAGCCACUCUCCAAAACUCUGAUGCAAGUGAAAUUGUGAAUGAAGCUGCUGGUAACUGUGCCUUGGCAUGUUCUAAAGUCUGCAACAAAGGUUCGAUGAAUGCAGUUGGAACCGCCUAGACAACCUUAUUCACAAAGAUACGAAGUACAUCAUCUAUGGAGUGUUGUUUUUCAUGUUUUUCAUCAAUAAUUGUGACAAAAGUGUAGAAGAUUAUCGAUCAUAUGCUUUCUAUUCCCUAUCUUUUCAAUAAUAUGUAAUUGUGUCA